UAAGUUCUAACUUUUUCCGAAUUACUAACUCUGAGUUGAUGAAUUUGCAGUUCAAAAUCUCUCUCAACUGGCAAAGAUAAGAAGAUAACCUCAAAAAAAAGAAAUUGAAUUAAUCUUGAAUAAAGAUGGAGGAGGAGGCCAUGAUCUCAGGGUUGAUACAAAAUCUGGAGACUUCGCAUGUUGCGUGUACGGAUAUCAAGUCGCGUGGCAUCCUGGAGACCAAAAUGAAAGAGCUGAGAGAGAUGUUGGAUUUCUUGAGAGGCUUGAAAAUGGAAGACAAGAGCAAGCUAAAAUAUUUAAUGGCGGACUUGGUCGAGUCGGCUCAAAGUGUGGAGGACAUGAGCUCUCUCCAUUUCACUCAAUCGCUAGAGUACUACAAAAGGGAGAUCGAGUCGACAAAAAUGCGUAUGAUAAACUUUGGAGCUGCUCAAGAUAAAAUCAGUGGAGACGAAGAAAAGGAACAAGUUGUGGUGGGGUUGGAAAACGUCGUGCAAAUGUUGCUUGACAAAGCAGUUUUAAACAACUCUAGCUGGCCACCCCACCUCAGUAUUUGGAAUAUCAAAGGCAUGAUUGGUAUCGGAAAGACAACGCUUGCUAGGCUAGUGUACAACCACAAGGACGUUGUCAGCCGGUUUGAACGUCGUGGCUGGGUGUCAAUUUCUAAUGACAUGAGCUACAAAGAAGUACUUGUGGAACUGAUACAACAGAUGGUGGUAGGCAGUGAGGAACAACUAAUUGGAAGAGAUUCGUUGUUGGAGGGAAAGGAUAACCGAAGUCUAAGACAGAUGCUUUGCCAGCUCCUAAAAGGAAAGCGAUUUUUCAUAGUUUUUGACAACCUACUCAAAGGAAUGUCUAUACGACGCAUCUUGCGAGGUCUUGGGGAUAAAGAUGGAGACCAUCCUAGAAGUCGAAUUUUGUGCACGAGUCGCUAUGAGGUUGAGGGCAUCUAUCACAAUCACAAUGUGCAACCUUUGGAUUCUGAUAAGAGCUGGCAAUUGUUCCUAAAUACUAUAUUCCCUGGUGAUACAUUUGCAAGUGGUAAGAAGGAAUUCUCAAAGGAGUUGGAGAGGAAGGGUAAAGAGAUGUUGAAAAAAUGUGGGGGUUUGCCGCCGGCUAUAAUUGAUGUUGCAAGGCAGAAAGCAAAGCAAAGACUUUCAGGGAUUGCGUGGGAAGAGCUUUUUGAUUCUGUUGAUUUGAGCAAAUCAUUGAAGUUAUUGGAACCCAUGUAUCAGACAUUGGGAGAAGAGCUUAAGCUAUGUUUCCUGUGUAUGUCCUUUUUUAAGGAAAAUGCAAUAAUGAGGGAAGAAAAGUUGGAACAGAUUUGGGCUGCAAGCGGAAUAGAGUCAUUAGACACACUUACAAGAGGACUUUUUGGUGGACCAUGUGCCGGUUUAGUUAAAGAAUCCAUUAUUGAAGUCGCGCACGAGUUCGUAUUCAAGGAGGAAGUAAAAAGGUGCCACAUGAAUCCCGUACUACACUUGCUAUCCAUCAAAAAAGCAGAGGAGGAAAUUGGCUUUGAGAUCCUGAAGAGCAAUGGAAAUAGCCAAACCUCUUGGAAUCCGCGUCAUCGUGUUAUCCAUUGUGGCAGAGAUAAGUUUGAUCAUUCCAAGAAUCAGGAUAACAAAAACCUUAAUUCUCUUAUCUUGCAUGGAGGUGGUUGCUACUUGGACGAUGCUAGUCUGUCUUAUUGGAAGAGUUUGGAAAUACUCAAAAUACUCGACAUGGAUGAUUUUGGGGUGAAAACUUUAUCAGAAACUAUCAGCACAUUAACCGAGUUAAGAUACUUGGGACUGAGAAACAAUUACAUACAAGAGAUCCCACACUCGUUUAGGGUGAUAUAGAUCUUAACUUCAUGGUGGAUGUGCCGGAUAUUAUAUGGGAAAUGGACAGCCUCCGUACUCUCCACAUGGCUGAUGUUAUUUGCCGAAAGCCUUUGAAAAUAGACGCGUUAGAGUAUCUUGAGACCCUAACCUACAUCCCUAUUCAUGAUUGUAUAAAUGAGGCCUCAAUCUUGGAGACGACAAUUCGUCUCCAAAAAUUGGGCAUCGAAGAGGUUGAUGAAAACUCAGAUGUAGGCAAUCUCUUUUCAUCACUGGGUAAGUUGAUGUUCCUUCGUCAUCUUAUCUUGAAAGGGUUUCGUUUCAGAAGCAUGCCGUGUCUAGACGAGAUUGGUGUUCUAGAUAGACUCGAAACGGUCAAACUGUAUGGGCUCUUACCUCGGCUGCCAAGUGGCGAUAACUUCCCUCGGGUAAGAUACAUCGUUUUGGUAAAUACUUGUCUUGAUGAAGACCCUAUGCGAGUGCUACAAACGUUUCGCUGGCUGAAACGCCUCAAACUGCGGAAUGCAUACACCGGUCGAGAAAUGGUGAUAGUCCGCGGCCUCUUACGCCUCGAAAUCUUGCGCAUCAAUGAGUUGUGGAAUCUUAGAAAAAUACAAGUUGAGAGAGCGUUGUUAUCUUUGAAACAGCUAGAAAUCAACUGUCCACAUUUAGAGAGCCUCCCACAAGAGUUGAUGAAGAACUUGAUGAAGUUUAAGAUGGUAACAACGAAUCGCAUUGCAACGAAAAUUAGAAAUUCGGGAUUAACCUCAGAAAUACCGGAGGUGGAUUUUGUCUGUCCAUAACGUUAAUUAGCUCUAUUAUUUUGUUUGUUGAGAUUUAGAUGGUUUGUGUUUGUUUU